AUGUACUUCUGCUGGGACGCGGGCUCCCGGGGGCUGCAGCGCCGGCGAGCGGCGGGCGCGGGGGACGCGGAGCUGCUGCAGACGGCCAGCGGGGAGCGCCACUCGCUGCUGCUGCUGACCAACCGCACGGUCCGCUCGUGCGGAGACAACAGCCGGGGCCAGCUGGGCCGGAGGGGCGUGCCGCGCGCCGAGCUGCCGGAACCAAUUCAGGCAUUGGAAACCCUAAAUGUUGAUCUGGUGAGCUGUGGGAAGGAACACUCCCUGGCUGUCUGCUGCAAAGGAAGGGUCUUCGCGUGGGGAGCCGGUUCUGAAGGGCAGCUGGGGAUUGGCGAAUUUAAGGAAAUAAGUUUUGUACCUAAGAAAAUAACAACUCUGACUGGUAUAAAAAUAAUACAAGUUUCCUGUGGACACUAUCACUCCCUGGCAUUAUCAAAAGACAGCCAAGUGUUUUCAUGGGGCAAGAACAGCCAAGGGCAGCUGGGCCUGGGGAAGGAGUUCCCCUCCCAAGCCAGCCCGCAGAAGGUGAGGUCCCUGGAGGGGAUCCCGCUGGCCCAGGUGGCUGCAGGAGGGGCUCACAGCUUUGCCCUGUCUCUCUGUGGGACUUCAUUUGGCUGGGGGAGCAACAGUGCAGGGCAGCUGGCCCUCAGCGGGAAAAAUGUCCCAGCACAGAGCAACAAGCCUCUCUCAAUUGGUGCACUGAAGAAUCUAGGUGUGAUUUAUAUCAGCUGUGGUUAUGAGCACACUGCAGUGCUUACCCAGGAUGGGAAAGUGUUCACAUUUGGGGACAAUAGCUCUGGACAGCUGGGAUAUAGCCCCACUGCUGAGAAGAGAGGUCCACAACUUGUGGAAAGAAUUGAUGGUUUCGUUUCACAGAUAGACUGUGGAAGUUAUCACACCCUUGCCUAUGUGCACACCACUGGUCAGGUGGUGUCUUUUGGUCGAGGACCAAGUUGCACAAGCAAUCCAACUCAUCCAGAGGCCCUGACAGAGAACUUUGACAUUAGCUGCCUGGUUUCUGCUGAUGACCUCGCAGAUGUUCAAGUCAAACACAUUUUUGCUGGAACCUAUGCCAACUUUGUGACAACUCAUCAGGCUACUAGCUCCACAGGUGUUUCCAGGAAAACUCUGCCAGAAAUAAGCCGAAUUAGCCAGUCCAUGCCAGAAAAAUGGCUAGCACUGAAAAGAGGGAGUACCGAAGUGGCUAAAAGUGAAAUGAGAAUAAUAUUUUCGUCUCCUGCUUGUCUGACUGCGAGUUUUUUAAAGCAAAGAGGACCUGGAGAAACGCUUUCCAUCGAUGUGGACUUACAAAUGGCAAGAGAUACCUUCAAGAAGUUAACAAAAAAGGAAUGGAUUUCUUCCACGAUAACUGCAUGUCUUGAGGGUGAUCUGCUCAGAGCUCUUCCAUGCCGCUCUCCACACCAAGAAGCUUUGUCAGUUUUCCUUCUGCUCCCAGAAUGUCCUGUGAUGCAUGAGUCUAAGAACUGGGAGAACCUGGUGGUUCCAUUUGCAGUAGCUGUUUGUAAAAUGAGUGACCAAUCUUUACGAGUCUUGAAGAAGUGCUGGGCAUCUUUGCAAAAAUCUUCUCUGAACGCACUGGUCCAGAUGCUUAAAACUGCCAUCGUGUCUCAGCUGGAUUGUUGGACUGAUCAGAAUUACAGUCAGAACGUCUGCAAUGUGAAAGCUCUCCUAGGAGUGAUGAAAGAAGUGCACGAGGUAAACAAAGCUAACUGUCGACUACCAGAAAAUACUUUCAACAUAAAUGAACUCCCCACCUUAUUGGACUUUUAUGGAGAGAGAGGAAGACAGUACUUUCGGGAUAACAACCUGCUACCUGCAGAAAACCCCAGUCCUAUCAUUUUCAGUGAUUUUCCAUUUAUCUUUAAUUUGCUAUCCAAAAUUAAAUUAUUGCAAGCUGAUUCACAUUUAAAAAUGCAGGUGUUAGGAAAUAUUGCAUACAUGAGUUUGAGGAAAGUGAUUCUGCAAAGGAAGGAUGAAUUUCCUCCGUCACCCAGAUUUAUACUUAGAGUCAGACGAAGUCACCUGGUUGAAGAUGCUCUGCGCCAGUUAAACCAAGCUGAUGUCAUUGACUUUUGGAAACUACUAGUGGUUGGAUUUAUUGAAGAAAUUCGUCCUGAGUGUGGAGGGGUCACUUCAGAGUUCUUCCACUGUGUAUUUGAAGAGAUGACCAAGCCAGAAUAUGGAAUGUUCAUGUAUCCGGAAAGGGGUUCCUACAUGUGGUUUCCUGUCAAUCCUAAAUUUGAGAAGAAGAGAUAUUUUCUCUUUGGGAUUCUGUGUGGACUCUCCCUAUUCAAUUCAAAUGUUGCCAACCUUCCUUUCCCACUGGCUCUGUAUAAGAAACUUCUGGACCAAAAACCAUCAUUGGAAGAUUUAAAAGAACUCAGUCCUCUCUUGGGGAAGAAUUUGCAAGAAGUUCUAAAUGAUGAAGCUGAUGAUAUUGGAGAAGAACUUUACAUACACUUUUCUAUACAUUGGGACCAAAAUGAUGUUGAUUUAAUUCCAAAUGGGAUCUCUAUACCUGUGGACCAAACCAACAAGAAAGACUAUGUUUCUAAGUGUGUUGAUUACAUUUUCAACAUCUCCGUAAAGGCAGUUUAUGAGGAAUUUGAGAGAGGAUUUUAUAAAGUCUGUGACAAGGAGAUACUUAGACGUUUCAAGCCUGAAGAACUAAUGACAGCAAUAAUUGGAACUACUGACUAUGACUGGAAACAAUUUGAACAGAAUUCAAAGUAUGAUCAAGGAUACUACCAAUCACAUCCUACUAUACAGAUGUUUUGGAAGGCUUUCCACAAGCUAACUUUGGAUGAAAAGAAAAAAUUCCUCCUUUUUCUUACAGGAUGUGAUAGGAUGCAUGUAAAAGGCUUACAGGAAAUGGGAAUAAUAUUUCGCUGUCCUGAAACUUUCAGUGAAAGAGAUUUUCCAAGAUCAUUGACUUGUCAUAAUAUUCUGGACCUCCCUAAAUAUUCUACAAUGGAAAGAAUGGAGGAAGCACUUCAAGUAGCCAUCAACAACAACAGAGGAUUUGUCUGACCCAGGCUCACGCUGUAAUCUAAUCAUCCGAGUGUCCCCACAAGGGCUCUCUCACCCUUGAUUCUUCUGUUCUUCCAUACAUCUAAGUAGGACAAGGGCUUGAUGGAUUUUAGUUAGAAUUACUUGACGUGGGGGUAGAGGGAAUGGGGAGAUGAUGGUCAAAGGGUACAAAGUCUCA